AGGAGUUUGUGGCGCCAGUGCGGAGUAGAUACAACGCCGCCACACCGGAGCGGCAGACAGCCCUGUGGUCGCCGAGCCCUUCUACCAGCGUGUCUUGGUCCUCCUUCUCGGGAAAACCACGACCAGGAUGUGGAAUACAGGCGGCUUCGACAGCUUCGGCGGCUCCAGCUAUGGCGGAGCGGGCAGCUACACGCAGUCCCCCGGAGGCUUCGGCUCGCCCACGGCGUCGCAGGCCGAGAAGAAGUCGAGAGCACGGGCCCAGCACAUUGUGCCCUGUACCAUAUCUCAGCUGCUUUCUGCUACCCUGACUGAUGAAGUGUUCAAGAUUGGGAAUGUGGAGAUUUCGCAGGUCACGAUUGUGGGAAUAAUCAGAAAUGCAGAGAAGGCUCCAACCAACAUUGUCUACAAAAUAGACGACAUGACCGCUGCACCCAUGGAUGUGCGCCAGUGGGUGGACACGGACGACGCCAGUGGGGAGAACACUGUGGUCCCUCCGGAAACGUACGUGCGAGUGGCCGGCCACCUCAGGUCUUUCCAGAACAAAAAGAGCCUGGUAGCCUUUAAGAUCAUUCCCCUGGAAGACAUGAAUGAGUUCACUGCACAUAUUCUGGAGGUGGUCAAUGCACAUAUGAUGCUCAGCAAAUCUAACAACCAGCUCUCAGCAGGGAGACCAUCUAUCAGCAACCCAGGAAUGGGUGAGCCAGGAAACUUCAGUGGGAAUAACUUCAUGCCAGCAAAUGGCCUCACUGUGGUCCAAAACCAGGUACUGAAUUUGAUCAAGGCUUGCCCAAGACCAGAAGGAUUGAAUUUUCAGGAUCUCAGAAAUCAGCUCCAGCACAUGCAAGUAGCCUCAAUCAAGCAAGCAGUGGAUUUUCUAUGCAACGAGGGGCACAUUUAUUCUACUGUGGAUGAUGAUCACUUUAAAUCUACAGAUGCAGAGUAACUGGAGCUCACUGGAUACCUAAAAUAUUUCCAGCUGGACCUGUUUUUCUAUCAUCUGUUGUCUCCAGCUCUGCAAUUUUGGCCAGUGGCUUCUAGGACAGAAGUUUCAUAGAGAAGGUCUCGUCUGAUGUCCUCGUGAAACUUACUGCUGUUCUGUUUUGUUGUUUGAUGUUUAGAGGUUCAAAAGGAGAUAGACAGUUGAGAAGGAAGUAAACCAGGGUGGGAUUUCUUAACAGAAAUUCCAGGUAAGCUAGUCAGGACUCCAGGCUGGAUGGGCGGGAUUGAAAGAGAAACACAACCCAGAGAGCGGGGCAGAACUACAUCAUGCUUGGGAGCUUCUGUUCUUGAAAGGCUUCCUGUUGAGCUGAUGAAUACUAGAGCCAAGGGCUAUAAAAAGAACCCGCUACCUUCUGCCUGUUUUUGCUUUCCGCUUUGGGUCUAUCGUGUUACUUUCAAAAUUGCACUUUCUUUUCCCGUGUCUUGCCCACAGCUGAAAGUAGGUUUAAGUGAGCACGAGGUUCUGGCGAGGUGGCCUCACCAGAGGGCAGAGAGGAAGAGAUGUUACUGCAUUAUUUGUAAUAUAAAUGUCCAUAUGUUUAAUAAAACAAUUUGAUUGUAAUAA